CAAUUCUAGAGUAGUAGUAAAGUGGGAAUUGGAAUAAAUAGUUCGUCAGCUUAUUACAGGUAAAAGGCUCAAGCUUAUUCACAUGAUCACAUGAUCAAUCUCAUCUAUAGUACUGCUGCUCAUGUGCAACUCUCAAUUAGUGAAGGUGUCUUUGAUUUACUUCAUGGAGAGACAUCUGGCUCCCGCGAUGCGUUCACAUUGUGAAUGCACGGCGCACAUUCCCAACAAGCACACAUUUCCACAAAUUUGUUAUCAUCGGUCACUUUGUGAGGACGCAUGAAAUUUGUGGCUAUUUUACAUUUCUCGUGAACCAACAAGGACCUCAGCUAUACCUGUUAGCAUUUCUAUCCCAACAAAGGAAGAAACUCAAUAAAUGUAGUUAAUCUAAGAACCAGGAAAGGAAACCGGGGGCAUAGCUAGCUCACCUUAUCGGCAUCUUCCAUAUCUUCUAGUUAUCUUCUUUUUGGUGGAAGGAAUUGAACCUUUAUUACUGCUUCUAGUUUUUGCAUAAAUGACAUAAAGAGGCUUCGUGGGUCAGGUUAUAAGAAUUAUAGAGUAUUGAUGAGCUGAAAUUAUACCACAAGACCGCUAGAAGAAAACAAAUAAUCCAAUUCACGGAGAGUAUAUUUGCAAUAGGUCAGAGCAUUUCUUAUAUUAAACCCAACUCAUAGCUCCUUGUUUCUCACUGUCCAAAGAGUUCCCUGGGAGUAAUUAGAAGCUGAGAAAUAUAAUGUCUUGGUUUAUACUAGUACUCUUUCUCAGUAUUGCAUUUAAUAGUCCUUCAGAGGCUAGGCAUGAGAAGAAGCUCCCAUCUGCAAUUGUUGUUGGGACUGUCUACUGUGACACAUGUUUCCAAGAGGAUUUCUCAAAGACCAGCCACUUCAUUUCAGGUGCAUCUGUUGCUGUAGAAUGCAAACCUGGGACUUCAAAACCAAGUUUUCGGAAAGAAGUGAAAACAGAUUUGAAUGGAGAAUUCAAAGUCCAUUUGCCAUUCUCAGUAAGCAAACAUGUCAAAAGAAUUGAAGGAUGUGCUGUGAAAUUGGUAAGCAGCAGCGAGCCGCACUGUGCUGUGGCCUCAACAGCAACUUCAUCUUCGCUCCAUCUCAAGUCUAGAAAGCAAGGGACUCACAUAUUCUCUGCUGGGUUUUUCACCUUCAAGCCUCUAACUCAGCCAAACCUGUGUAACCAAAAACCAAGCAUUCAAAAUUCCAAGGAGCUUGGUAGCAAGAAAGUCUCACUUCCUCCAACUGAUGGCUUAGCAUUUCCACCUCAAAUUCAAGACCCAACAGUCCCAGAUCUUCCUCCCACAGGUGGUGACUAUCUUCCCCCUCUUCCUAGACUGCCCGAGCUUCCACCAUUGCCACAACUCCCUCCUCUUCCAGGACUUCCAUUGCCACCUAUUCCAGGAAAGACUGCGAAAUCAAAACCUGCCGAAUCAAUAAAGGCAACUCAGUUACAGGAUCAGAAGGCAGAUCAAGCGGACUUCUUCUUUCCACCACUUUUUCCACCACUUUUUCCACCAAACCCAUUCCAGCCACCUCCUCUCAUCCCCAACCCAUUCCAGCCACCUCCUCUCAUCCCCAACCCAUUCCAGCCACCACCACUUCUCCCUAAUCCAUUUCAACCUCCACCAGCACCAUUGAUUCCUUUUCUACCAAUACCAGGCCUUACUCCACCUCCACCAGCACCAUUGAUUCCUUUUCCACCAAUACCAGGCUUUACUCCACCUCCACCACCACCAUUGAUUCCUCUUCCACCAAUACCAGGCUUUACUCCAUCACCAUCUCCACCAGCACCAUUGAUUCCUUUUCCACCAAUACCAGGUUUUACACCAUCACCUCCACCACCUCCUCCACCAUCUCUGCCGUUCCCUUUCCCUCCACUUAUUCCAUUCCCUCCAUUCCCACCUUCCCCUCGCAUUCCUCCUGCUGCUUCUUCUUCAAAGCCAACUCAUCCUUGACUAAUCACAAUCUAUCCAUAAAAAAUAUUCAAAUCGCACCUUUCACAUAUUGGUAAACUUCUUUUUAUAAAAAUUAUAAUAUGUUUGUGGCAUAGCCAUAACAAUUUAGUUGGACGUUUGUUGAGCAUGUAUCGAUCAUAUAGAUGUAUAUGCUUUUUCUUGUCAGCCAUGUAGCGUGCUAUUGUCAGUGAGUAGGGAUGGAUACUAAAUCAUUGUACCAUUGGAAUAAAGAUAAGUUGUUAGUAA